UGAUGUGUACGGCGGCUGGAACCGCGGAGAAGGUGUUCGCCGGUGUCUCUUGCGGCGGUUCGACGCGGCGUGCCCCGAGACCACGAAAAGGAAGGGCUAAAGUAAGUGUUCCCCCCAGCCGCUAGAGUCAUAUAGAAAGUGUUUCCUUCCCGCCAGGCAAGUGCCUGUGGGAACCGGACCCCGUCCCCUUCACGGCCUAAACUUUCCCCUCCCUACCCCUUUCCUUGUGGCGAUCCCCUCGGUUCCUCUUGUUCUGGCAGUGAGCCCCUGCCAAGAUCAUGAAGCUCGUGAGGAAGGACAUUGAGAAAGACAAUGCGGGCCAGGUGACCCUGGUUCCCGAGGAACCUGAGGACAUGUGGCACACCUACAAUCUAGUGCAGGUGGGCGACAGCUUGCGCGCCUCCACCAUCCGCAAGGUACAAACGGAGUCCUCCACGGGCAGCGUAGGGAGCAACCGGGUCCGCACUACCCUCACUCUCUGCGUGGAGGCCAUCGACUUCGACUCUCAAGCCUGCCAGCUGCGGGUCAAGGGGACUAACAUCCAGGAGAAUGAGUAUGUCAAGAUGGGGGCUUACCACACCAUCGAGCUGGAGCCCAACCGCCAGUUCACCCUGGCCAAGAAACAGUGGGACAGUGUGGUUCUGGAGCGCAUCGAGCAAGCCUGUGACCCAGCCUGGAGCGCUGAUGUAGCGGCUGUGGUGAUGCAGGAAGGCCUCGCUCAUAUCUGCUUAGUCACUCCCAGCAUGACCCUCACUCGGGCCAAGGUGGAAGUGAACAUCCCUAGGAAACGGAAAGGCAACUGCUCCCAGCACGACCGAGCCUUGGAGCGGUUCUAUGAACAGGUGGUCCAGGCCAUCCAGCGCCACAUACACUUUGAUAUUGUAAAGUGCGUCCUGGUGGCCAGCCCAGGAUUUGUGAGGGAGCAGUUCUGCGACUACAUGUUUCAACAAGCAGUGAAGACGGACAACAAAGUGCUCCUGGAAAACCGGUCCAAAUUCCUUCAGGUACAUGCCUCCUCUGGACACAAGUACUCCCUGAAAGAGGCCCUUUGUGACCCUACAGUAGCUAGCCGCCUUUCAGACACUAAAGCCGCUGGGGAAGUAAAAGCCUUGGAUGACUUCUAUAAAAUGUUACAACAUGAGCCUGACCGAGCUUUUUAUGGACUCAAGCAGGUGGAGAAGGCCAAUGAGGCCAUGGCAGUUGACACAUUGCUCAUCAGCGAUGAGCUCUUCAGGCACCAGGAUGUAGCCACACGGAGCCGGUACGUGCGGCUGGUGGACAGCGUGAAGGAGAACGCAGGCUCCGUUAGGAUCUUCUCCAGUCUUCAUGUGUCUGGGGAACAGCUCAGCCAGUUGACUGGGGUAGCUGCCAUUCUUCGCUUCCCUGUCCCUGAGCUCUCUGACCAAGAGGAGGAUUCCAGUUCUGAAGAAGAUUAAUGAUUGGAACUAAUAAUCGAGACAACCUGUGUCUCACUCCUUCACUCUUAGAUUUUCUCAGUAUCCUUGUGACAGAAAGCUGUGAAAGUGGCACUUUGUGAUUCUUACAGGGGUUUCUCAUGUAUUUGGUCACACUAGGUGAUUUGUGGUUGGCAGGACAUGUAUUCAAACUGAACAAUAAAAGGAAAUAACCUCCAUGUA